AUGCAGCUCAUGUUGCUGCUCUUUCUGAGUCCAUAUGGGGUCAACAUGGAGCAUCUCCAAGCAGAGAACCUUCAUCUCUUACGUCCUGAUCAGCAUAAUGUGGUCAUGAACCAAGGAAUGAGAGUGUUACCAAGAGAUUGUCACGAAAUGCUCAUGAGCUCGUCAGGACACGCCAGAGAUGGCGUUUACUUGAUCCAACCAGCGGAAGCCCCCAUUGUUGUCUACUGUGCCAUGCAAGAAGGCGGAUGGACCGUGGUACAGCACAUCACCGUAAACAGCAGCAUCAGUUUUGACCGGAUAUGGACCGACUACAAGAACGGUUUCGGAGAUGUCACCGGAGAUCACUGGCUCGGGAACGAAUAUCUUCACCAGCUGAGCAGUGGCCCGGCACGCUUUAAACUGGGAGUCAAACUAGUGGACCGAGACGCCGUCACAAAAACGGGAGAGUACGACCCUUUCAUGGUGGAGGGCGAAUCGUCGGCAUACCGGCUGAGACUUGGGUUGUUCCAGGGCACGGCCGUGGACGCUCUCACCCAGGACACGGAGAACUACCUGCACGACAACCAAAAAUUCACGACAAAGGACAGAGACAAUGAUAAUUACUUCCAGAACUGUGCCAGGCUGGAGUUCCAGGGGGUGGCCGGCGGAGGUUGGUGGUACGACGCGUGUGCCGGUGCCAAUCUGAACCGCAGGAAUGUCAUCUACUGGCAAAAGGACUGCAACAAGGAGCAUCUGUGCAAGUACGCUUGGAUGAUGGUGAAACCAUCAGAAACUGGUAAACAAGUUCAAUGCGGAGACUGUAGAAGGGAUGAGCUAUGA